CCGGGGCUCCAUAUUCGGUUCGCAAAUACUGUACUUGGCAAACAGCAACGACAGAGAUGAAAUAGCUAACAGCUGCACGGAUCGGUUGAUGGCUUGACCUAGCACAGGUUCAUCUUUUGAAAAUAUUCUUCCUUUGAAGUUCUGCACUAGUCAUUUACAUAUAAUUUUGUGGUGUUUAAGGAUGACAACGGUCGGAACCACAAUGGAUCAACCUAAUAAAGCUAAUAAACUUGGAGCUACAAAUUCUGCUAGAAUUCAGAGUCCAGCUUCAGGGUUCAAAAGGUGGGGAAGAAAAGGGCCAUUUAUCAGAUAUGGGCUUCCUAUGAUUUCACUCACGGUGUUUGGAGCACUUGGGCUUGGUCAUCUCUUGCAGGGCAGCAAGGAUAUAGCCAAGGUGAAAGACGAYCAGGAGUGGGAGAUCCUUGAAACGAAAAGAGCCCUGUCAAGAACAGGACCUAUUGAAGCUUACAAGCCCAAAAACUUGUCGCUGGAGGAGGAGCUAAAGGCUUUGCAGCAGAGUGUUGACAUAAACAACUAUGAAUAUAAGAAGAUCCCCAAGCCGAAUGAAGGUAAAUGAACUUCAAGUGUAGUUUUUCAUGAAUCRUUUCACCUUUCCCUAAAUAAACCACAUCGUUCUGUCUUUUGAACUUUAAGGGUUUGUGAAGAUGAUGUAUGUAGAUUUUGUCACUUAAAACUGCAUUURGGCAAUUUCUUGGCCUUAUUGUGCCCCAACCCCAAUGCAUAGGAUGCUCUUCAUCUACAAAUGCAUCAAACUUUUAAGAUGUAUAAAGGGAGUUAGGACUAAGUUCUUCUAUCCCUGUUGAAUUUUGAUGUGAUUUGGUGUUCUGGAAAGUGGUGAAGCCURUACUUUAA